CAAGUUUACCUAGUUCACCUUUAGUAGGUCAUGAUUGUGGAAGAGCUCACUCGCCUUACGAAAUGAGUACAUCUUAUUUCCCUAGAUUUGUGUCUUGAUUAGGUUGCUUUUAGCAAAGAUACUUGUGAUCAUGUCUAGACUUGAUCAAAGAUCGAAGGUUGCUUUUUUUCGUUUUUCUAAUUCUCUUUUUGUUGUAUCACUUUAGUACUUAAUUUUAUGUGUAUAUCAAUUCAAUAUUUUGUAUGGCCUACUCAAACAAAUAAGAGAUCUACUCUACUAUCAUUAUUAAUGUUCUUUGUUCUCUCUCUCUCUUUCUCUACUUGUAAAAUUAGUACUCAAACCAAAAACUUCACUCUUUCCAUGUAUCGUGUUUGUUUUUGCUUGUUAGUGUCCUUGUGAAAAUUUAUUUGACUGAUUUAUGAUGAAUCUUUUUUGUCUCAUUUUUUUGUCUUUUGACUUCACAACACGAACAACAUCAACAAGAUGUGAUUUAG